GCUUGGGACCGAAAAGGCAACAGUUGAAUGCAACUUUGCCAAAGCGAAAGCACCAGCACUGUUCUGUGUGGAGAAAAAUGAAGUGGCAAAUGGUAGUGAACGAGAAAGUAUUCUGCAAUUUAGUGGCAAGAUGACAAGUGGCAAGGAGAAAGUGAGGGUGACUGCGGAGUAUCGACUAUGUUGUGCGACUAGGAGCUCAAUUGAAAAGUUAGAGUCGCCUGUGUUGCUUGGACCGCUGGACCACAUUACGCAGAACUUCACGCCGAUUACGGUUGUUUUUGUGUAUCAUCGAUCGGAGUCCCUUAAGGAAGAAUUGGUUCCUUUAAAGCGAUUUCAACGGAGUUUGGAGCGAUUGCUGGACUAUUAUCCUCACCUAACUGGUCGAAUUGUGGUGGACGAAAAGGAUAAUACGCCUCGGAUUGAGCAACUCGGUGCAGGGGGAAAGUUGAUUGAAGCUAAAAGCAGCGAACCACUUGAAGCGUUUGAGGCGAUUGGAGACGAUGAUGAACCUGCUUCGAAGCCUCGACUGAUCGUUACGAAUCUUCCUGAAGGAGGCAAUGCGUUGCUGCCAUCAUUGGCAGGAAUAAAGAACCCGAUUCUGAGUGUGCAACACACACGGUUUGCGUGUGGUGGAGUGGCAAUUGGAAUGUGCAUCAGACACAUAAUUUGCGAUGCAUCUGGAUUUUUCCAGCUUAUACGUGAUCUCUCCGAGCUGUAUCGUCAAUUUCCAGGUUGCGACAAUGACAACGGCAGCGUACAGCUCUCUAAACCACCACAUACUCAUUCUUAUAAGGCGGAGCUACACAACAUGACGUCUGAGGAGCGACAAGAAGCACUUAAGUACCAACCCACCGGUUUCAAGCUUUCACCGGAAGCGGGAAAAGCAGAGAAGGAGACAAAAAGCAGAACCCUUUCUCCCACUGUGGUAGGCCGUGUACUACGCUUUUCUUCAAGUGAGCUUACAGCGCUAAAGACCAAAGCAAACAUAAACAACAACGGUAAACCACUGUCGACCUUCUGUUCUACGGCUGCUCACAUUUGGCAAAGCAUAUCCCGUGCACGAGCGCGUCUACGCGAAGCUAAUAGCGUGGUACCAAUUAAAGCAGCUCAGCUUUUGAUACCCGUUGACUUUCGCGCCCAAAACCAAAGAGAUGUACCACCUCAGUAUUUCCCGAAUGCUGUGUUUUCCCCAGUUGUAUCAGCCCCUGCGGCCCAACUGCUGGACGCCCCACUAUCUACCGUCGCUGCGUGGAUUCGUGAGGGUAUCCAGCCUCAGGAGUCAAUCGAAAUGUUGAAGACAGUGCGCUGGAUUGCAGCGCAACUUGACAAGCGGCGUGUGCAGCCUUGGUACAACUACGAGCAGGAAGGUGUAUUUGUGACUCAAUGGAGCAAGUUCGAUAUGUACCAGGGUGCCAGGUUCGAAGUAUCACCGUCACUUGUGGCUCAACCAUUCACGACUUCAUCACUAUAUGAUGGGCUGACUUACUUUAUGGCCACUGAGGACCAGCUAAAGCAGUCGGCGUGUUCUGCAGGAAUUUCGUCAGGGAACAUUGACGUCAGUAUUGCACUCGCGGAGCCAAUCUGGACUAUUCUAGAUCAAGAUGAGAGCUUUCGACGUCAUCGUGGCUGGUAAAGCGAUGAAUAUCUUUUGAGCCUUACCGAAUAGGUUUCUGAAUGUUGCUGCGAUGUAAAUAAAUACACAGAAACAGUUGUGCUUGCAGUCGGCACAGCUAAUUACCAAGCACCCAAAUGCGCUCCAUGUAGACUGUCAGUCAAGGAUCUGAUCACCAAUCCGGUACAGACAUUCGUCGCAGUGAAAGAUAGGGCCGUGGGUGCGAAAUGGUGACAAGUGACUAUCUGCACAGAUACUCUAAACGCACAUGCAGCGACAAGCAAACCCAACUUUAAAUUAAAGUACAACAAUGACUCAUCCUGAAUAUGUGCGACGAAGAUAUUAGUGGG